AUGAUAGAUUACCCCAGAAUGGUACCAGCACCGCAGGAGAAUCCCUCGCUGAGCAUCCACGAUCAUGUUUCUCCACUUCUGAGCGUGGGUGCUCAGGCUGCCCCGCGUAUUCUGCGUAAAAUUUCGCUCAAGACUACAACUGAUCGGGGCAAACGGAGCAACAAGACCAAGGCGCCCCCUGCCACGCUGUCCGUGAACUUCUGCGAUAUCAGAGGACUUCACUCUAACCUAAACGCCGUCCACUACCAUCUAGAGACGGCCAGGCCGGCUCUGCUCUUUCUGACCGAGACGCAGGUGUCCUCUCCGGCUGAUGUCUCGUAUCUCUCCUACCCGGGGUACAAACUGGAACAUUCCUUUGUGCCUCGGGCUGGAUUUUGCGUUUACGUUAGAGAGGACAUCUGUUCUCGACGCCUCGGCAGACUUGAAGGUUCGGACCUGUCCAUCCUUUGGCUACACGUAGACAGCGACGACCAUCCGCACGUGUGCGGGUACCUCUAUAGGUCACAUAGCAGUAAUGCCGAAACAGACCGACUCUUCGAACACUUCCAAAUGGCUACAGAUUCGUUGCUACAGCAGAUCCCCUCCGCAGAGAUCGUGAUCCUCGGCGACUUUAAAGCCCAUCACGCCGCAUGGCUUGGUUCACGUUUGACCGAUCAUGCAGGGGAGAUCUGUUCAUGA